UGGGCCAAUGCUCUUCAAGAGGAGCCUGUCAAAAUGUUCAGUAGAAAACAGAACGCCUUGUCCUACGUUCAACAUUUUCUUUUGGUACUUGUGGUAGUGAUGGUAAUACGAUGCGUACUUACUGAAGCGAGACAUCCAAUUAAAAAUCCUCUUAACGGCCAACACAUAAGACUUAUCGCGAACGUGCUGAUACUGGAAAACGAAGUGAAUAUAAAUAACGCAUCUGGAGCUUUGGAAGGCAUGAAAGGAGUGUCUUAUCACAUGAUGGAUUACUUAACGCAUCGCUACAAUUUUACGUAUUCAAUCAUCCAAGGUAUACAAACAACAAGCGUGCAGUCGAAAGGUAUAGGAGAUCGCGGCCUCAUUAAUUGGGUUGUUGACGGAACAGGUGAUCUUAUAGUGGGUCCCAUCAUUAUAAACCACAACCGCUACGGAUUGGCGGACCUGACGUUGCCAUGGUAUCAACUGUAUGGUUAUCUCCUUAUUCCCAAACCCCAACCUCAGGCCAAUUUCACAUCUGUUUUGAAACCAUUUCAAUGGCCGGUUUGGAUCGCAUUGCUGGUAUCUAUCGCUGCCGUCAUCGUUUCCAUGUACUUUGUCAGCAAUUUUCGAUGGUCAAUUGUUUCUUCUUUAACCCAUCGGACAUUUUCCAAACGCAAGAAAAUCGUGUUUAAAAAAUCAUGCGACACAUCGACGACCGUGUCAUACCUGUAUGCUGUCAGCGUACUUCUUUCGCAAGGUGGACCAUGCUCAUCCCGAAAACUAGUUGUUCGAGUAUUGGCCGCUGCUUGGUGUUUAGCAGCGGCAGUACUCGUCAAUAGCUACAGUUCUGUGCUCAUCACUUACAUUCUCGCUCCCAAUAACCCGCCACUCAUAACCUCAGCCUACGAUCUCGCCCAGCAAGAUGACAUCCAUUUAAUUGUUGAUAAAGGAAGGGGCAUUGAUGUCUUUGUUACGACGUCGACUGAAACUACGGGUGUGAUGAAGGAGCUACGGAAUAAACUCAAUUCCUACCCAUUCUCUCGUUGUGCGCCUCGCUCACAGUGCAUCGCAAUGGUCAAAUCGGGAAAAAGAAUUACGUACGCAAGUUCCCAAGAAUAUCUAAUGAGUGCCAUCAAGGAAGACUUUCAAACAAGCGGAGGUAAAUGUCUGCUAGAAAUCGUCAGCGAGGGUUACAUACCUGCUCUCCUCGGUUGGGUAUUGCAAAAAAGAAGUCCCUACACCGACAUUAUCAACAAGGGGAUCCUAGAAAUGCAUGGGAACGGAAUAAUACAACUCCAUUGGACAUUAGACCCACGCAGAGCAAUCCCACCCCAGUGUAAAAGCGCAAAAGCUAAGGGAGUUCAAAAGAAGAAUAGUAAGGCGGAUCAGGCUCGCCAAUUGUCUCUCAAAGAUCUAACUGGGGCCUUUAUUAUUUUGCUUAUUGGAUGGGGAAUUUCAGUCAUCGUUUUCUUGGGAGAAAGACUGGCAUAUCGACCUUCAUAAAAACAUAAUUUUUUUUGCUUAAAGGUAUUAGGUUAUUCAAACACUUUGAAUCGGUUAAGUCAGUCAAAGCGUCAAUUAAAUAUAAUUAUUUGAAAAAACAAAUCGUCUACGAGACACGAAUGCAAUGACCCUCAUCAAAAUAAAGUUAUUUGGCUUCAUGUUAUUUCCUAAGAACAUAAUUUAAUUCGCUUUGACACAUCGCACGGCCCUCUGAUGUAACUCCCUAACACCUAUCUGUUUCAUUUCUUCUUUGACUUGUAUACACGAAUCAU